UCAAGUUUGUUCCCGCAGAAGAAGAGGAAGAAGAGAAACAGACGAGACUGAAGUUUGUGUUUGUGUGUUUCAGCUGUUUACCUCUCAGUACAACAGGCACCAUGUCAUACUAAACAGUAAACUUCUUAGUAUGGUUACUGUUUUAUGAGAUCAAAUACUUCAGGAUUCUAGCUGAUGGGAUCUGAUCUUAAAAUCAGAUUUGAAGGCACAUGAGGAAACCAAUGAAUUUCAAAAGUGGGAUGGAUAAGGUCAUAAACUGUUUCAAUAAAAGGCCUGAGGCUGUAGCAAGGCUGAUCUGUUUUCCCUGGGCAGGUGGAGGCUCCAUCCACUAUGCCCGCUGGGGAAGACUCCUUAACCACUCCAUUGAAGUGUAUGCAGUCAGAUUGCCUGGAAGGGAAGGCCGAGGAAAAGAACCCUUCUUCCAGAACAUGCAGCAGAUCCUUGAUGAGGUCCUUGGCGUGCUUUUGCCAGAGCUCAAAGAGAAACCAUUUGCUGUCUUUGGACACAGUUUUGGUGCCAUGACGAGCUAUGCUUUCACUGAAUAUGUGAAGAACGUUUACAAUCUUGAGCCUGUACAUGUGUUCCUCUCCGGCGCCUCGGCACCUUAUUCUGAAACUAGACUGCAGGCACCACGUAGGAGCCACCUGUCUGAUGAAGAAUUCCUCCAGUGGAUGAUCUCUCUUGGAGGAACGCCUCCUGAAAUCCUGGCCAAUCCUGAGGCGCUAAAGUUGUUCCUGCCAGCCUUGAGAGCAGACCUAAAUGUAGUAGAGAACUACAGCAUUCAGAGCCAUGACCAGUGGAGAUUUCAAUGUACAGAUGCUGCCUGGAUCACACUUCUACCUAAAAAAUGCUGCAAAUGAGAAAGUCAUACUGGACUAUAUGACAAAACAUCUAGAGACAGCUGAGAUGGACUACUUGUAGAAUACGUUUGGAUAUAAUCACUGCUCCUGUGGCAGUGGAACUCUUUACACAACAGAGUUUAAACAGAAAGGAAAGCAUUAUCACUGACAUUCUUAUAUUUCUGUACGAGCAUUAAUUCUUCUAUUAAUGUCAAUAAAUGAUAUUCUUAUAGUUAAGAUAAUUUUAGAUGUAUUUGUUCACUAAUUUUCAAAUGAUCUUUUGCUAAAUUACAUUUUGGUAAUGACUAAGUUGAGAAUGUCACUGAGGGAAAUUGGUCCUAGAUUUAAAGGUGUUACUUGUGCUAUUAAUUUGUUUUCCGUCUGACACAAUUUUCUUUCUGUAAUGGAAAAAAAAAAUUCUGUAGGUAAUCAUCUGUGUCAUGUGUACACUGUGUUUAGUCAAACACUACACAUUUAAUUAGCCAAAAAGACCCAUAAGAGGUUAAAUGCGUUAGGUUUGUUGCUUGUAUAUUAAUAUGAUUAAUUGGAUACUGAAAGUAGAAAUGAACAUUUAUUCAUUUUGGAUGACAUCCAGAUUUAAAUAAAAGUGAGGCAACUCCAACACAGAAAUAAGUAGUUAGGUAAAAUCCUCACACAAGGACAUAACUACUAUCUAAUGUCAUAUUUGAUGAUAGUAAUACAUGAAUAAAUUUAAAUAAAUAAAAAUGCAUUUAAAAAUAAAAUGUUACUAUGUUUA